CUUUCAUCUUUCUUAAUUCUGGAAAUCUAUCAGCGAGUCAGGAAGACUGGAGAUACUGGAUAGAUAGCAGAGAAAAAUAUCGGAUCUAGUUAAAACUUUACCCUGCAAAUGGAGAAUAUAGUUGAUGAUGUGGUUUCUCCCGAGGACUUAAAAAAAUAUGAAACCAUAUAUACCAAGCAGUUAAUUCAAGGUGAUGUAAACAAGCAAGCACAGUUUGAUUAUGCAUGGUGUCUUAUACGAAGCAAAUACCAGAAUGACAUGAAAAAAGGUAUAGACCUCUUUAAGGACCUGUAUUUGCAUGGCGAUGUGGAUGCUAAGAGGGACUACAUUUUCUACAUUGGAGUUGCACAGACCAGACUGAAAAACUACACUGAGGCAUUACGAGUUGUCCAUGGGCUUCUUGAGGUGGAACCAACCAAUUGGCAAGCAAAGGGUUUAGAGCACGUUAUCAAGGAAAGGAUGAAGAAAGAAGCUAUUCAGGGAGCAGCCGUGGUCGGAGGAGUGACAAUGGCGUUUGGCGUUGUUGGCGGCUUGAUUGCGCUAUCAAUGGCACUGUCAAAGAAGUCAUAGAUGAAAUUACACUAAUCUUUG